AGUCACCCCGGAGACAGGUAAAACGGCGGCAGACGGGCACGUUGGCAUUGAGCAAACCAGAGGUUUAUCGUCUCGCCAGUUCACGGUCGUUCGUUCGCGCUUACCGUUUCUACGGGACCAUGCGUUCAAUUGCGCUCCUCGCGUUCCUGGCGAACGCCAAGCUGAUGGGCAACGCAGAAGAGAUCUGGCAGCAGGAUCUGUCCAAAGACAUGCGGAUAGGUGCGUCCACCGAGGGGUACGAUCGCGUGGGGCUGCGAUGCGGCGCCGAAAGGAUGACCGUCGAGCUUAAAACUACGGAGGACUUCUCGGGGGUGAUCUACACGCAGGGUAGCUUCCAUUCCCGAGAGCCGUCCUGCUUCCUCGAUCCGGUUCGCGGUAGAAGUUUCACCAUGAGCAUCCCUCUACACAAAUGUGACACUGAAAGGGAUGGUGAAAAAUACAGCAACGUGGUGGUGAUUCAGCACGAUGACGAGCUGUUAACACCUGGUGACGCCGCUUUUACGUUAGAAUGCGACUUCUCGACGCCGCGUGUUCGCACGGUCACGGCGGAUCUUAAUGGGAGUGAAAAAAGACCGACUAGAUCCAGUAUAGCUCUCAUCGACGCCGAUCCGGGAGGCGACAGAAGAAAAAGGUCGGCGUACGUGGAAAGCUACGGGGACGAGGUUGCUUUCGUGCCGAAGCAAGGAUAUCAAUGAGAGGAGCGUCGAGAGGGCACUUAAUUAAAGUGCCGUUUAAUUAAAUCUUAUCAACGAACGCGGGCGUCGAUUCUGGUGAACGCGCAUUCUACGCUCGUAAAUCUGUUGAUGUUGCUUGUUAUUUAAUUUUCGUUAUUUGAAUAAAUUACGUAAUUCGUU